GGUGUAUGUUCGCUGUUCCGACUCGGGCCUUGAGCGCAGCCAAGCUGAUGAUAUCCCAAAAUUUGGCAAGGUGAUGAUGGCUCAGAGUCUUUUAUACGGCCCGGCGCGCCGCGGCGCACGCAGUUGAAAGCAACCUGAACCUGUGGCCAGGCAGGCGAGUCUCUUCACACACACACACACACACACACACACACAGAGAGAGAGAGAGAGAGAGAGAGAGAGAGAGAGAGAGAGAGAGAGAGAGAGAGAGGUAUGUGGUUUUGAGCUUAGGCUGCGUGACGAGAGGCCAGUAGGUAGGAGGAGGCGGGGGGGGUGGGGGUGCAGGAAUUGUGCGAACGAUACAUCCACGGAGCCGACUCGUCGCUCGUUUGCAGGACGUUUUUCUGAUCAGCAACCUUCACCUCCUGCUUCGAUGGCGAUGGCGGACGGUAUUAAAUGCGGACGACCUUUCCGGUUCUGCGUGGAUCGAGGGGGAACGUUCACGGAUAUUUAUGCCGAGGUUCCUGCAGAGCCUGGAUGGAGAACUUUGAAGCUGUUAUCUGUGAAUCCGGAUCACUACGCGAAUGCUCCCUUGGAAGGCAUUCGGCGAAUUCUUGAAGAGGUGACAGGAGUGGAAAUUCCGCGAAGUUCGAAAGUGCCCACUGACCAAAUUGAUUGGAUAAGAAUGGGAACAACGGUGGCUACAAAUGCUCUGCUGGAGCGUAAAGGUGAACGGACUGCGUUAGUUGUUACCAAGGGAUUCAGAGACAUCCUCCAGAUUGGUAACCAGGCCCGCCCGAAGAUCUUCGAUCUGACAGUCCAGAAGCCCUCACUUAUAUACGAGCGAGUGAUUGAAGUUGACGAGCGUGUACAGCUUGCAGAGUCUGAUUUGAUACAUGAAGUAAACGAAGGCAGAUCAAUUUCUCAAAGAUUAGUAAAGGGUCAGUCUGGGGAGUGGUUUGAAGUUGUGCGUCCAAUUGAUACGGAAGCUCUCAAGGAACCACUGCAGAGAUUACUGGAUGAUGGAAUCACUAGCCUUGCAGUUGUGCUGCUGCACUCCUACAGUUUUGUGGAUCAUGAACAGGCAGUUAAGGAUUUGGCAAUUCAGAUGGGCUUUAAACAAGUCUCCGCAUCUGCAGCUCUUAUCCCAAUGGUAAAGAUGGUUCCACGUGGCCUCACUGCAUCUGUUGAUGCAUAUCUUACACCAGGCAUCCGGGAAAACACGGCGAACUUCCUUGCAGGAUUUGGCGGCGGACUGGAGAAUGUGAACAUUUCCUUCAUGCAAUCAGAUGGAGGGCUUACCCCUGCGUCCCGUUUCACAGGAUUCAAGGCAAUUUUGUCAGGUCCGGCAGGAGGGGUUGUUGGCUACGCUAUGACUACUUUUCGAGUCGAAACUGAUCAACCUGUGAUUGGAUUUGAUAUGGGUGGGACAUCAACUGAUGUAAGCCGAUAUGACGGGAAUUAUGAACAAGUAUUUGAGACACACACAGCUGGAGUGGCUAUUCAGGCGCCGCAGUUGGACAUCAAUACAGUGGCAGCAGGUGGGGGGUCAAAAUUGCUGUUUCAAGCCGGAGUCUUCAAGGUUGGGCCGGAGUCAGUGGGGGCACACCCGGGGCCGGUUUGCUACAGAAAGGGUGGACAACUUGCGGUCACAGAUGCCAAUCUUCUGCUUGGACGAGUUCUUCCAGCUUAUUUCCCGAAGAUAUUUGGACCUAAUGAGAAUGAACCACUAGACGUGGAGGGUACGCGGGAAGCGUUUACAGAGCUGACCAGGAGUAUCAAUUCCGCACGCAGGGCAUAUGAUCCUAGUGGUGCUGAAAUGUCUGAAGAGGAGGUUGCGCUGGGUUUCAUUGAUGUAGCCAAUGAGGCAAUGUGCCGGCCUAUUCGACAGCUGACUGAGAUGAAGGGUUAUGAUACCAGCGUACACACUCUGGCAUGCUUUGGAGGAGCAGGCCCGCAACAUGCAUGUGCCAUAGCACGAGCUCUGAAAAUGCGUAAGGUGCUUGUGCACCGGUACUGUGGCAUUCUCAGUGCUUAUGGAAUGGGGCUAGCAGAUGUUAUGACUGACGCACUGGAGCCUUGCGCUCUGACAUACAGCACAGAGGCAAUGCAAGAAGUUCACUGCCGAGCAAAGGUCCUCACAACGAGGGUGAUACAAGAGCUGCAUGAGCAGGGGUUCAAGGACAAAGACAUCGAAACUCAGCUACUGCUUAACUUGCGUUACCAGCCUGAGACACCUGUAUCGCCUGACCCUUUAGAGGCUGAACUGCGGGAUCAAGAGGAGAAACUCCGCUUGCAGACCCAGGCAGUUGAGAAUCUAAAGGCAGAGCUCAAGAGGAAGGAAGAGUAUGCCCAGAAAGAGGCCAGAAGAAAAGUGUUGAUUGGAGACAUGCAGAGAAUCAUGAGCCUCGGUACGACCAGUCAGGCAAAUAAGGACAUGGCAGAAUUCAUCCUUCUGCAGGAUGAGAUUCACCGGUCCUACUUUACUAACUGGGAUGACCGAAUCUCAGGUCUAGAGACCAGUCAUUCAACUUUGUCAAAGAAGCUGGAUGACAUCUCUGCGCAGCUGACCAGCAUUGCCAAACAGUUGCAGAUCACCCCUGUUCAGAUUGUUCCUCCUUCUUCUGGCCCUUCUGCAACACCUGUCCCAAAACCCCCACACUCCAGACCUACAUCCCCACCUCUUACACCCAAGUCACCAGCACCCUCUCAGUCCUUAGCCCCAUUUGAGCCGCAGCGGCCCAAGCUGACCCCUCCACCAAUGUUCUCAGGAGAAGAUCCUAAGGUGGAUGUGGCAGAUUGGGUGACUGCGCAGCGAACCUACCUGAGUGGGUUCAAAUGCGACGAGGAUGUGAAGGUGUCAGCCAUCCUGGCACGGCUGGAGAGGACUGCACUGAAAUGCUGCACCUCUACCUCCAGCAAGCAGGGGAUGGAGAUGGCUGAUUGGGCGCAGAGGUUGGGGGUGGCUGGAUCUGCAGGACCGGAGAAGAAGAAGCAUAAGUCUGAACUCAUCCUGCUUCGACCCUACAUCCUGGGAGCCAAGAUCAAAGGGCUCUUGGACUGUGGGGCUACUCGCAACUUCAUCUCCCCCAAGGCAGUCAGCAAACUGCACUUGGAUCAGAGGUUGGUGAAGCUGCGACAGCCAUUGGAAGUCCGCAUUGGGGACUCUUCCACAGCCAGGAUUACCACUGCUGUCAAGGGCCUACCUGUGUCCUUUGACAAGCAGGGGGAAGUCAAGCAUCGCCUGCACUUCUAUGUAUUCCCUAACGUUCCCUUUGACCUUGUCUUCUCUAUGCAGUGGCUUGGUGCCACCAAUCCUAGGAUUGACUGGCGGAUUCCUAGGGUUGAGCUGCCUGACCGGCAUGGGGUCUAUCGCCCUUGCAUACUCGCUAAUGAGUACCAUCCGGCCAGCAGCUGUUAUUGCAUGAGUGCUCGCAAGUUUUUGCGAUUCUCAUGCCAGACAGACCACGCUCGUCUGUUUGUGGCUUAUGUCAAACAGACUGACGUGGAGACUGCUCCCUGUCCCUCUCAGAUUCAGCAGGUUGUAGACCAGUUCUCAGAUCUUAUGGAGGAGCCUACUGGACUUGUCCAUAUGCAGACCAAACAUAACAUUGAGAUCCUGCCUGGCUCGGUCCCUCCCAAGGGCCGGGUCUACAGGAUGUCUCCUGCUGAACUUGAAGAGCUCAGGAAACAGUUAGAGACCCUGACCAGCAAGGGCUGGAUCAGGCCCAACACAUCUGAAUUUGGGGCAGCAGUCCUCUUUGUUCCAAGGGGGAAUGGUGAGUUUAGGAUGUGCGUGGACUAUCGAGGUCUCAACAAAAUCACGAGGAAGUCUACAGAGCCCCUUCCUCGCAUUGAUGACCUGUUGGAUAUGGUGCAGGGCUGCACUAUUUUCAGCAAGAUCGACCUCAAAUCUGGCUACCACCAGAUUGAGAUGGCUGAAGGCGAUGUCCACAAGACAGCCUUCAAAACCAGGCAUGGGACUUACGAGUACCUGGUUAUGCCAUUCGGUCUUUGCAAUGCGCCAGGCACUUUCCAAACAGAGAUGCAUCGCAUAUUGAGGCCUUACCUGGACAAGUUCGUAGUUGUCUACCUGGACGACAUCUUGGUAUUCAGUCGUUCUGUCCAGGAGCAUGCGCAACAUCUGGCUCUGGUCCUCCAGGCCUUACGUGCUAACCAGUAUAAGAUCAACAGGGAGAAGUCCUCUUUUGGAGUUCCCUCUGUAAUCUAUCUGGGACACGUGAUUUUUGGAGAGGGGUUGGCUCCUGAGGCAACGAAAGUUGUUGCAGUUCAGGACUGGCCGCGACCUGCGAACAUUCGUGAUGUCCGGUCUUUCUUGGGGCUUGCAUCCUACUACAGGAAGUUCAUCAAGAACUUUUCAGCGAUUGCAGCUCCCCUGACUGAUCUUACAAAGAAAGACACUUCCUUUCUUUGGACGUCAGAAUGUCAGGAGGCCUUUGCACGUCUCAAGGAGGCCUUGAUUCGUGCCCCUGUCCUGAAGCUACCUGACCCUACUUUGCCUUUUGUACUGACUACUGACGCUAGCCAGUAUGGUGUAGGGGCGAUGAGCAAGAAGAUCAAGACCAAGAAGCUGCAGGACUCUACCUAUGAGAAGGAGCUCUAUGCUCUUGUGUCAGCGCUCAAGCAUUGGAAGCACUUUCUCCUGGGCAGGCACUUCAAGAUCUUCUCAGAUCACUCCACCCUUCAGUGGAUGAAGUCCCAGGGAGAGCUGAAUGACAAGCUUGCUCGCUAUAUUCAGUUCAUUGACAUGUUUGACUUUGAACUGAGACACAAGAAGGGCUGCUACAAUCGAGUAGCAGAUGCCCUUUCUCGCAGGCCUGACGCUUUCUUUCUGAUAUCCUUUACUCACUCGUUUGGAGAGAGGACACGUCAGACCAUUGCCCAGUUGCUGCCCCAGGAUGAGAUCUUUGGGCCUAUUGUGAGGAGUCUCCAGGAUGAUCCUACCUCUGAACCAGGAUAUUCUCUGGUCUCAGGCCUGCUGUACACGUGCAGCAGAGGCGAGGAGUGUCUGUGCAUUCCCCAGGACCGCAAGUUGAGGACACUUCUGAUGUCAGAGUGUCAUGACGCUCGUGGUCACUUUGGUGCCCUCAAAUCUUAUGCAGCCCUGUCGCAGCGCUUCUUCUGGAAGGAGAUAAGGAGUGACAUGCUGCACUAUGUGGAAACCUGUGAGUUAUGCCGAAGGAACAAGGUGGUACGACGACCUCCCCUUGGCUUACUCAAACCCCUACCUAUUCCUGAUGCUCCUGCACAGUCAGUUUCUAUUGAUUUCACUGACUUGGGUAGGACUACACCACGAGGUAUGCGUCAGGUCAUGGUAUGUGUGGAUCGGUUCUCCAAAUAUGCAGAGUUCAUCCCCUUACCAGCUGAGGCUCGUGUGCCGGCCGUCCAGGCGGCGUUUGCUGACACGUGGGUUACACAUCAUGGAUCACCCACCUCCAUUGUCAGUGACAGAGAUCCCCGUUUUUGCAGCAAUGAAUGGCAAUCCUACUGCAGGGAUUACCUUCAUUCGAGGCUGGACAUGACAUCUGGUCGUCAUCCCGAAGCCAAUGGUCAGGCUGAAGUGAUGAACCAGAUUCUGUUCCAAUUGCUGCGUCCUGUGAUCAGUCCAAAUCAGCAGGACUGGGAUCUCCAUCUGAGUCGUGCACAACUUGUGUAUAACACGUUUGUACACUCCUCGACUGGGUUCACCCCCUACCGGUUGCACUGGGGUCGUGAACCACGGCAGCCUCUCGAUGAUAUCAUCGACAAGGCUACCCCUACGCUGACACCUGGAACUGCAGAGUUCACCAGGCGUUACCGUGUGGACAUAGAGCGUGCCCGUGCUAACCUGUUGAAAGCCCAAAAGGCUAUGAUUCAACAGGCCAAUAAGCACAGGCGUCCUUCUACGAUUCGCACAGGUGACUGGGUGUGGGUACUCAGUUCUGAGUUGUCGCGAGAGGAGGACAUUUCUCCUAAGCUGCUGCCACGUUAUAUGGGUCCAUGGCAGGUCUUAGAUACAGUGGGAGCUGAUCCGUUCGGUCCGUCCUAUAAUGUGGACGUCCCUCUGCAUCUACAAACCUACCCUGUCUUUCAUGCAUCUAAGCUGUUGCCAUUUACGCCAGCCGAUGCAUUUCUAGACAGGCCCCCACAAUUCGGUCCCCCUAUCCCUGGCAAGGGGUAUGAGGUCGAAUCUGCGGAGGAUGAGUCAGGGACAGACACAGCGAUCAUGGUUGGACCACUGGACCCAUCUGACAAUGGAGACUAUCUGAAGGCUUUUGUCAAGCAAUUUCACAGGGAGUAUGGAUUUGAGCUUCGAGGAAGAGAGGUUGUCAUUGACGACAUCCGAAUCCGUGGCAUAGGCCACACCAACAUCCUCAAACCAUUACUGGUUGACAAAGCAAGUGGGCCAGCUGCGCCUGAAGGCAUGGAAGAACGAGUCUACUUUCAGGGUGGAUGGCGCCAAACUCCGGUCUACUUGCUUGAGAAGCUUCGCUAUGGCCACAGGCUGGUCGGUCCUGUCAUCAUUAUGAAUGGCAACAGCACGAUUCUUGUAGAGCCAGGAUCAACAGCAACAAUUUCGAAGUAUGGAAAUGUUAUGAUUGAGAUUGAUUCGAAGGCUGUGGAUGGUAAUAGAGACAUGACUGUUUCUGCACAUGACAUAGUGCAGAAUGCAGGGUUAGGAAGGGAAAUGAUGACACAGGAAAGGCCGAUUGGGACAGAGCUCGAUGUGGUGCAGCUCUCCAUCUUCAACAACAGGUUCAUGGGGAUUGCAGAGCAGAUGGGAAGGACCCUGCAGCGGACAUCCAUAUCAACAAACAUAAAGUGCCUCAAAGAGGACGUGUUCAGGGAUCAAACUGUUUCUUUCGAUGUACUUGGAUGAUGCCCCUUUGGAACAAAACUGAAGUUGUCUGGUCAUCCGUAACAAAUGGAAUGAUACAGA